GUGUGUGAGGCCAGUUGAGGGGUGGGUGAAGCAUUUCUGCUUGUACUCUGACUAGGUUUGGUAACAGCUCUAGUGGUAUUGGUUACUGGAAACGUGUGAUCUUUUUAAAACAUUUUUAACCAUUUGUUUGUGGAUGAAAGCUGGAUGAAUGACUGACAUUGAUGGUAUGUUGCUGAGUGAAUGUUCUCAAGAUGUGUGAUAUCUGCACUACUUUCUCAGAAACAGGUCAACCUGCCUAAACAUACUUUUGUUAUUCCUAAGGCAGUGGAGAUUUUUGGCAGAGCUAUAUAUACCAGCCAAAUUGUGGAAAAUAAGGAGGUCCUUGUUUGUUCCCAGACUGAGUAUUUUGACACAAUUAGUGACAUUAUUGUCUAAGGAGAACCACUGGAACUAACUGGUUACAAGGGAUACCUGUAUUCCUGGACACUCUUCCCCAAUCCCACUUUUGAAACUAUCUACAAAAUGGUACCUUUUUUGUGGCAGAUGCUUAUGAAUUCCUCCAUGAAGAUCUGCUAGAAGCAAGGGCUGAAAUCAGAUCCCAAAUUUCAACAUAGUCCAUGGUGUUAGGCUGGUCUUCUGUAUCAAAAAAAAAAACUCAGACAGUGUGAAGAUCCCUGCUCAAUGGUACAUAAAAUACAAAGUCCAAUCAUAUUAAUUAAACUCACAAAUUUAAUUGCCAUUAACAUUAAUGUACAAUCAGACUACCCAAGGCAGUAAACCAUGAGAGAAUGCACGGGUCAAACUUUGUGUAAAUAAUCAGUAAGACAACAGUACCCUUACAAUACUGCCGUGCUUGGCAAGACUUCACAAUGAAUGAAUGAUCUGGAUAAGUUUAUAUACUGGGGAGUCAGAAAAUGAACCAUAAAUGUUUGGGAUUCUGUUGACUGCAACAUCUGGUGGUGGGGAGGAGUAAGAUGCUUGGCUAAUGUUUACACUGCUCCUCUACAUUCUGUAUAUCUUGAAUCCUGCCUAAUUGGACAUGAUUUUUUUUUUUUGUGGUUUUUAUGCAGAUCAGCAUGUAUUUACUGAUGUUCUGUCUGUGCAUAUGUCUUUUUUGCUCAUUUGGGUAAAAAAAUAAAUACAUACUUACACUGUAUUGCCUUUUUAAAGCAUUGUAUUACACUGUAUUGCCCCAGUGAGAAAUGUCUGGUUGUUGAGCCUCCAAUAAAGAAGACAGAAGACAGAACCCAGCAGGAUUUAGCAAAUUAGUAGAACUGCUUUAGCAUAACUUAGGUAUACAUAGAAAUAGAUGAAAGAAGUGUUCAUUUAGUACUUUCUUAUUGGGGCUUUGAAGAUUCCUAAAAUGUUAAAGUCUGUAAAACAGCUACUUGAUAUGAUAAAUAUGAUUUAACAGAUAUCUCUGACACUGGCUUUACACACUCAAACAAAGGGAAGUAAAAGCAAUAUCACCGUCAUCUAUUGCACUAUGAAGAGUCGCUUGCAAUCGACUGGCUUUGGAAUCACGUCAAGUUCAGGUUGCAAAACGCAAUAGCUUUUUCCAGAGCACCAGCAAACUGUUCCUAAGUGAACGGGCCAGUUGGGUCCAGCUCAAAGAGUUUGCUCGCAAAAAUGCUGCCAAUGCCCUGUCUCUUGCCAACAUGGUCAUGGGGAUGGCCUCCAUUCUCAGCAGUCUCAAUGGGCACCAUUAUGCUGCAUGUUGGCUGGUGCUGAUUGGUUACCUGCUGGAUUUGGCAGAUGGCGCGGUUGCCAGGCAACUGAAUGCUUGCUCCACAUUAGGAGCCAAACUGGAUGAUUUUGCAGAUUUCACAACAUUUGGAAUAGCGACAUCACUGCUUUUAAGGACUUCCAACAUCCUGGACAAUAUCCUAUGCAUGUGCUACAUGCUGUCUGUGUUUAUUCGGCUUUGUUUCUUCUCCAGCGGCAUUCCUUUCAUGUAUCGUGGCCUGCCGUGCAUCUACUCGUCUGCCAUUCUUGCCUGCCUGUCUCUCCUGACUGGAGGGAACAUGACCGUUCUCCGGCUCACUGCUGUGGCCAUGAUUGUCUUCAUGGGCAGCCAGACUCUUUACCCUCAUGACCGGGUGCUGGAGUCACAGGCCUGGAAAAAGGUGGUCUAUGCUGGAGGUAUUGUUAUGGUCUUCUGCUCUUCAUUCCCUCCUGUCUGUCUGUACUAUCUGCUAUGGUCAGUGUCCUACAUUUUGUUCCCAAUGUCCCUAUGGAGCUGUAAAGUGUAACUGGCUACGAUGUGUUGUCCAAACACUCCGGGCUUGAAGUUAGCCCAUGUGGCCCAACAGAAGCAUCUGCUCUUUGCUGCAUUGGAGUAUCAAAUCCUGUUCAAUCCCUGAAACUCUGGACAUUGUAUGCUGUAUUUCUUUUUAUUAUUAUUGUUGAUGUGAUGAACUUUGGGUUGCAGUGAUGAAAUCUGCCUGAUCUACAGGACUGAUCAGUUUGUUAAAAGAAAAAAAAAAAAAAAAGGCUGACUGCAAAAUACUUUUGUGUUUGGGUGAACUGUGAACCAUGUGUAGCGUUCACAGAGGUUUCAGAUGUGAGUCGCUCUGGAAAUGUAUCAAGCAUUCUAUCGCAAAUGCUGUGGGAAGACGGUAUUUUGGUAAAUUUUAUUUAUGAGGAAAAUAGGUGAGAAUCAUUUGACGCAAACAAUGUUUUGUAUACAUAUAUGUAUCAUAAUCGGGAUUUUCCUACUGGUGGAUAAAAUAUUUUACUAAAAGGGAAUUAAAAACAGAACCUAAAGCAUGAGUGUGAAAAAAUGUUGACGUAUUCAUCAUAGGAAAACUAAAACUAAACGGUGUUAGAAGGUGUUUUUUUUUUUUUUUAUUAGUUCGCUGACGUUUUAAAAAUAAGAUCAGCUAAAAACCAUUUGAUUCAAAUAAUUUUUUACUGCCAGUGCCUAUUGGUCAGCUUUGUAGGCAGGGAUGCAUAAUAGAAGCAAUUAUGGUAUUAUGAAGGCUAAUGAUCGAAUAACCAUUCUUUUGAUUUCUGGAUUAAUUAUGAUUUUGAAUUAUUUUAUUUUUUUUCACAUUUCAACUAUGAUAGAGACCAAUUUGUGCAGCAAACAAUGUAAAAUCUUUUGCAUUCUGGGAAUUUGAGAUUGUGGUCCUAUGAAAUGAGGAUUGGUUUCCCUUCUCUCUUCAGAGAUUGCCUAGAACAGAGUUUAUUUAAAACUCUUUCUAACCUUAAUCCCAUUUCUCUUGUGUGAUAUCAGCUUAACUUGUUAAGUCCAGCUCUGUUGUCUUAGUAUAACCAUGCUGUGAUAUGUUUCACUGAUAUUCAUGUUCUGAGCUAUAAAUUCCCAACAAUAUAUAUAGGAUUAUCAUUAAAACAACAUUAAACACAUACAUCUAACUAUAAAAUGAAUACAAGACAAUACAAUAUUUGUAAUAUUAUAAUAUUUUAAUUCUAAUAUAAUAUAAUAAUCUAAGAUUAUUAUUGAAUGAAUAAAUAGCAACAUCCUUUAAAUACCGAAAACACGGCAUCUUAAUUCAAGACACUGCUUAUCAAUAAAAUGAUGAUCAAUACUUAAAAUAAAAAGAAAACACAGUGGAUCAGAGUUCAGUCGGCUUAUUUUUCCAGCUUGUGGAUUUUCUUUAGUGGAGAAUAGACUGAAUUUACUAAAUACUGACAUUAUUUUAGUAAUACUACAAAACAACUUAAAUUAAAGUCAUGAAUCAAUACUCUACUCCACAUACAUAUUACCACGAUUUUGUAUCUUAUGGCUUCAAAAUGAAGUCAUAAGAGAAUUGUCAGGCCAUGAUUAAACUAACAAUUAUUAUUAUUGUUAUUAUUAAAUAAAUGUUAUUUAUUUAAUAAAUAAUAGCAAUAAAUAAUAAUAAAAUAAAAUUAAAAUAAAUAAAUAAAAUAAUAAUAAUAAUAAAAAUAAUAAUAAUAAUAAUCCUGUGCUGGAUCAAGUGCUAUUCUAUAAGCUGACAAACAAUGAUAGUGGACGCCAUAUUGAAACCAAAUUUGCGAAACUAGGAAUAUAUAUACAAUAAUUUUAGUAAUAUACUAGACUCUAUGGUCCUUUGCUUUUAUAUUAUAUCAUAUUUUAAGUGACUCUUUGGUCCUUCUUUACUAAUCAGCUUUAAAUGCAAGCUCUUGUGUUUAAAGGUAAAAGUCUAGAUGCAAAAACCCCUGUCUCAGAUGUUGGGGGCCAGAAAACUGGCUUGAGCAACCGUGUAACCUUCUCUGAGCAGUUACAUUCACUGUAGCACUUUCCCAGAAUAAAUAUUGGCAUUACAUUUGGAAUAAAGUUACCAGCUUUGAAUACAGCCUUGUAUGUGCACUAAACGCUCAAGGAGGAACUCCUGCCUUCCUUCUGUAUUCAGAAAUGUCCAUACACUGUAUUGCACGGAGGGGUUUAGUAUCAGCCAGGUGGAUAUACGACUCCAGCAGUUUAAUGAUCGCAGAAUAAGCCGGGCGGUCCUUAAAAUUCCACAUGCGGCAAUGUUUCAUGAGGUCAAACCUGUGGGAGAAAUGACAAGCUCUUUCAGCAAGCUCACUGGCCACAGUCUCUUGUUCCCUUGCUGUUAUUAGAUCACUAGUAAAAGUACAGAUUUGUGACAUAUGAUUUGACUCACAGAGCUCCUCCACAGUUUGGGGGUCUUUUUAGUUUGUAAGUGGCCAAUGUUUGGAGGAAAGUCUCUGAAGGCUCCAGUUCAGGAAACGGAGGAGCACCUUGUAGAAGAAACAUGAAGGCUCUCAGUAGGGACUGUUUGUUUCUAAAAACAGCUGCUAUUUACUGUAUUGAUUUCAUUUCAUUUGCAUUUAAUUUACUAGAUAAUAAAUAAAAUACACCAGUUAUAACAAUGACUGUGAAAUCUAAUGUAUGUAUUGAAUGUAUUUCUUGAUAUAACCUAUAGACUGACAUGAUUUUAAUGUUAAAUAAGAAUAUUUAUUCUAUAUGAUAUCAUAUUGUUAUAAAGGAUUAUAUUUGA